AUGCAUGCUAGACAAAUAGAAAAAAAAGUCAACGCGAUAGUCGAUGAAAUUCUUGACGAAGAUCGGGAAAACGAUGCGACACGAGACGAAACUUGUCCAGGAGGUUGUGAGAAAUUAGAUGAUACGCCUAAGGAAGAGACUGAAGACUCAAAAGACAGAAAAUUUCUUUCGCCACGAAUACCCCGGCAGUGCAAAUGCGGCGUGGAGACUUCGUCGAGGUUCUCGUUGCGCGUGAUGGAAGCAAUGCGUUCGCUGCAACGCGACGUGGACCAGCCGAUCACGUCGAGCGCCGAGGAGAUCGUCGACUACAUCCGGUCGCAUUAUCGCUACGAUGGCGACCUUUAUGCUCAGGUGCGGACCGCGCUGAGACAGGUCUGUUCUCAAGGAUUUGUCAUGGAAUUAUUGAGCAACGAGUAUCACUUGGUCGGCCCUGUUGUUAAACCAAUAAAGCGGAAUGGCUGUUCCUUGGAUUGUAAAGGUCGCACUGUAGACGAUGCAUCGAGAAGACGGAAAAGCGUCGAUGAGAGAAAUGGUGUAUGUGGUUGCGCACGAUUUCCCAAAAGUCCUCGUCAAGAUCUAAAAUCGCCACGCGAGGAGUCUCGCAGGACUUUUAUUGUCGAUCGGCCUGAGGAUUCGGAACCAAUUUUUCAUUCAACCAGAAUAUCAGCUGACGAAGGGGAUGAUGCGGAUCGUCGCAGGAAAUUUGAUGCCGAUGUUUCGGAUAUCCAAAAUUAUCGACAACAACGUGAUAUCGAGAUGGAGCAACGUGACAAUUACGCGGAACCGAUCCCCGGACCUUCCAGAAAAAUCUUGAGAAUUCCUUCGCCAGAUCCAACUAGAAAUGCGAAAAAGGCGCGAGUGAAAGAUCGAGGAGUGCAACGUGCAGAUGAGAAAGAAGAUGAGACUACGACGGAAGAUGAGGAUAUCCCUGGGAUGGAUGUACUUUCGAGGAUCCAACCUCCAGAUCGUCCUCGCGUCAUUAGGAACGGACGUCGUCGCAAUGAUACCGAGGAAGAUGAAGAAGAGGAAAGAAUAGAAGAUGACGAGGAGGACGAAGAGGGAAGGGUAGAAGAAGAGGACGAAGACACAGAGGAUAGUGUAUACGAUGAAUUGAGGGCGCGAGUUCCCCACAGGAGAACUGCGGCACGCGAACGAGAGCUGAGAAGGUGGAUUCGGCGAUGUCGUGAAGAAUGCGAACGACGGAGAGGGCGGUAA